AUGAACGGGACAGAAGGUAUCAAUUUCUAUGUGCCGCUCUCCAAUAAAACAGGGCUGGUGCGGAGCCCCUUUGAGUACCCACAGUAUUACCUAGCUGAACCCUGGAAGUACCGAAUCGUGUGCUGCUACAUCUUCUUCCUCAUCUUCACCGGGCUCCCCAUCAAUCUCCUCACCCUCCUUGUCACUUUCAAGCACAAGAAGCUGCGGCAGCCACUCAACUACAUCCUGGUCAACCUGGCCGUGGCUGAUCUCUUCAUGGCUUGCUUUGGCUUCACUGUCACCUUCUACACGGCCUGGAACGGCUACUUUAUCUUCGGGCCUAUGGGCUGUGCCGUGGAGGGCUUCUUUGCGACACUGGGAGGUCAGGUUGCCCUGUGGUCGCUGGUUGUCCUGGCCAUAGAGCGUUAUAUCGUGGUGUGUAAGCCCAUGGGCAAUUUCCGCUUCUCUGCCACCCAUGCCUUGAUGGGCAUCAGUUUUACCUGGGUCAUGUCCUUUUCCUGCGCUGCUCCACCCCUGUUUGGCUGGUCCAGAUACAUACCCGAGGGCAUGCAGUGCUCUUGUGGCCCAGAUUACUACACCCUCAACCCUGACUACCACAACGAAUCCUACGUCGUCUACAUGUUCAUGAUCCACUUCAUCAUCCCGGUGGUGGUCAUCUUCUUCUCCUACGGGCGGCUCAUAUGCAAAGUCCGAGAGGCAGCCGCGCAGCAGCAGGAGUCGGCAAGCACCCAGAAGGCGGAGAGGGAGGUGACCCGCAUGGUGAUCCUAAUGGUUCUGGGCUUUCUCAUGGCCUGGACGCCCUAUGCCUUGGUGGCAUUCUGGAUCUUCACCAACAAGGGGGCGGAAUUCACCGCUACUCUCAUGUCAGUGCCUGCCUUCUUCUCCAAGAGCUCCUCUCUCUACAACCCCAUCAUCUAUGUCCUCAUGAACAAACAGUUCCGUAACUGCAUGAUCACCACAAUCUGCUGCGGUAAGAACCCCUUUGGGGAUGAUGACGUCUCCUCGACCGUAUCCCAGAGCAAGACCGAGGUAUCCUCCGUCUCCUCCAGUCAAGUGUCACCAGCAUAG